AUGAGUAGAUCUCAGGAUACCGUCAUCGACGAUGACGAGGAGACCUGCCCACUAUGCAUCGAAGAGUUCGACCUGUCCGACAAGAACUUCAGACCUUGUCCAUGUGGCUAUCAGAUCUGCCAGUUCUGCUUCAACAGCCUGAAAACUACCUACGAGAAGAGUACCUGCCCUAAUUGUCGCAGACCUUACGACGAGAAAACGAUCCAGUACAAGAUCCCGACUGCCGAAGAAUUCAAGCUCGACCAGAUGAACAAGAACAAAAAGCAAGCGGCCGCGAAACGCAAAGAGACGGAGAAGCGUGAAGUCGAGAAUUCGUCACGUCGCAACCUUGCCGGCGUGCGUGUCAAACAGCAGAAUCUCGUCUAUGUUAUCGGCCUCAUUCCCUCGAUCAAGGACGAGCAGGCAUUGCUUCAGACUCUCCGAGGCCCAGAAUAUUUCGGUCAAUACGGCGAAAUCGAAAAAAUCGUCGUCAGCAAAGCUAAACCUGGAGCAACGAACCAAGGCAUUGGCGUCUACGUCACCUUUGCUCGCAAAGAGGAUGCCGCACUUUGCAUCAAUUCCGUUGACGGCUCUGUCAACAGCGACCGCGUGCUUCGGGCUCAAUUUGGCACCACGAAGUAUUGCUCAGCCUAUCUGCGAGGUGAGACCUGCACCAAUAGAAACUGCAGCUUCCUUCAUGAAACAGGCGAAGACGGGCAACACACCUCUUUGCAGAAUGAGCCUCAUGGUGCGAGAAUCACGGCCCGACCAACAACCGCCGCCCCGGCCGCGCAGAUGAACCCCCCUCCCCGUCCUCUCUCCGCGGUCCAGGGAUCAACUUCUCACUCCAUGGCUCGGCAGGGAAGCACAGAGAAUGAUGUUAGUAGGAAAAACUCCCAAGACGGUUCCGCCCUCCCCUCCACGGCAAGCUGGGCAACUGCAAAUGCAAGCGCCGUCCGGACGAGACGCACCAGUCAUUCAACUAGUAGAGCUACCCCCAGUCCGCAAGCAACCCAUGCCUUCCUUGCCGCUAAGAAGACCGAAGAGCCCAAACUCAGAGAGUCUCCCGUCAAUGAGUCGUCUGCCUCGACGGCACCGGCAAAGAUUGCCCCCACACAAGAACAGCCGGCAUCGAAACCGAAACCCAACCUGGUGGACCCUGCGCAACAAAUCUUUAAUGACGCCAAACGAAUUUUAUCAAGGGCUUAUCAGUUCUCCUACGACGACUCAUGUCUUAGCCCAGAGGCUCGCGCUGCGGUAGAUGAUAUGCCUUGUUUUGUUGACCCUUAUGGGGGUGCCAAGCGUCGCGCCAUGCGAGAGAAAGAGGAGGCCGAACGAGCGAAGCUAGAGGCUGAGGCUAGGGCAAAGCUCGAAGCGCAGGCGACCUCGGCCGCCGAAGAGACGCUAGAGGAAGACAAUAUCGUGGCCGGCAGCCUCGCCCUAGGUGGCGAACCCGAGGAUGAUCAUCCAAGAAGCUCUUCGGCACGUGGAGCCAUCGGGCGGCCAUCACAGCCUCUGAAUGAUCAGUUCGCCUCAAUGAAUAUACGCAGCUUGACGCCGCAGCAACGACAGCAACUGGCUCUUCUCAACGGCAGCAACAUCCAACAAGCACCCGGUCUCGGCCAACCUAACACGCAGAAUACCGCGUUCGAAAUGUCGGAUUUUGAUAGACGUGCACCACAGUUCAGCCAAGCUCAGUAUGAACAGAUUAGCAAUCAUCAGCGUCAUGGGUCCCGAUACUUCAACAACGACACCAAGGCCGGCAGCAGCAACCGGUUUCAGGGACAGCAACCCGGCUUUUUUUCCAGCGGCGUUCAAGGACCUCCUCCAGGCUUACCGACCGCCGGUACUCCACCAGUCAGCGGCGGCGGGAUGUUCGCGCACGGUCAAAAUUUCACGAAUCCUGGUUUCGGGGCUUCCAAGGACAUCAAUGCUGAAGUCUACUCAAGGAAUCGGAGCGGGACGAAUCAAGGUCAUGACAUGGCUAAGCGUGAGUUACUUCUUUCCUUGCAAAACAACCCCCUACGUUCGCCCCCAUUGCAAGCCCCUGCCCCUGGAAUUCUCAACCCGCUCUAUGCUCAAUACCAAACAUAUCAAGAUCCCGGGCUUGUCAAACAAAGAAAAAAGGGCAAGAAGCACAGACACGCUAACACUUCCUCUUCAGGAGGUGGUGUAGAGCAUCUUGCAGACCCGAGUAUUGCAUCAGCCAGAGUUCAUCAGAGCACCACAACAGGGCAGGGGCUUUUUGGGGGUAACCAAGUUGACGUGAAAGACUUCCCGCCGCUACCGAUCACGACGCCCCUCCCGCCGCUACAUUCUCGAGUCUCGUCCUUGCAGAGUUACCAGAGCUCUGGUCUUCGGUCUUCGACGCCCAAGAUCCCACCAGGGUUCGAACAAGCCCAUGCGCACCCCCCGCCUCCACAGAGACAGGAAUCUCCUACUCAACCUGUACAAACAGUGGCCCAGCGAAGCACAUCGACCAGUUCGACGCCCGUUACUCCAGCAGUACCAGUGCUACCGAUCGGCCCUCGCAUGUCUACGCCACAACCCAAAGUUCCAGAAGGUCUCAGGGAAGAAAGCAAAGAGUCCAAACGGGAGGAGAAGCCUAUCCCUCAGGCUAUCAAGUCCAAGGCUCAAGGAAGUGAAAUCAGCCUGGGGUCGCCCAAGCAGAAACCCACCCGUCAGAAAGUCAAGGCCGAGACUGGAAAGAAGGAUGAUCCGCCCGCCGACCCCGCCAGCGACAGAAGCGGUGACAAUAAGCCUAAGAAAGCUCCCGCAGUCAAGCCUGGAAAGAUAGAAUUACCUCAAGUGCCCCCACCGAGUGCGUCGACUUCGCUCCCACACCUGGCAACGGGCGGGGCCCCAACGUAUAAAGCCGCAGCAGAAACACCGUUGUUCGAGUCCUCAGUCGUUGGGACGCCUGCAACGAUGAGCCGACCGGGCACGCCUGGUACAACAACCCCAUCUGAACCGUCCAAGACCUCUGCGCGACCCAGGGUGCUGCGUGUGACAACUGGCGUGACGCCUAAGGUGGCAGAGCAGACUCCGGCAUCGGCAACUACGGAGAGGUCGAGCAUAUUGCCUCCAUCAGCCGCUAAGAAAGGAUCCAGAAGGCCAUCUCUAUCUUCCGCUCAGCAAAGUCGCCCAUCAACACCUGCGAUGUCGGAGCGACCGUCUCACGACGCGUCUCGCGCGAGCAGUCCUCCACCAAGCAUCGUAGGCUCUGCUCCUGAGCGUACGAAGACCAAGGCUCAGCUGAAGAAGGAACGAAAAGAGAAGGCCCGAAAGACAACGGAUGCGGGCGAGACUCCUAGCGUCACGAGUACGCCUGUUGUCGAAGAGGUAGCCCCCGUCGUCGCGAGACAGAAGAAACAGAAGAGGCAACGCCUGGGAAGCAGCGCCGUCGCCAGUGCGGACGAAAUUGCUAGCCCGAAGAGGCUCACGGACGCUAAGCUGGCAGACACGACUGACAGGCAGGCUGCUCAAGCCAGCGAUCCCGAGUCCAAACCCGAGCUGAGACAAACCCCCACCACGGCAUCGCCUUCCAAGACGACGGGCACAACGCAUUCCCAGCCCUCAGAACCAAGUACUCCCGCCCCCGAGAAGACCAAAGAAGAUCCUCCCUUGAAACCUGAAGAUACCAAACCCGCUUAUAGUGUCCGCGACCUGUUGCAUGACGCUGCCGAAGCCGCCGGGCCCAACCCUGACCCUGCUGCCACCCAUGCUGCCCUGCAGAAACUACUCCAGGAUCAUGUAUCCUCGAUGCCCAAGAUCAUCUCUUCGCUACUUCAAUCUGGCGACCUUACCAAAGACCAUCCAUGGUUGAAUCCACCUUCCUUCAAUUCGGCUGCUUACAAGCUCCCGCCUGACUCUCGACGCGGGCAAGAAUAUCUUGACGGCAAUGCUUAUAGCGCCAACGACGCGUUUGGCUACAUUUACUUACCGAUGAAAGAGAAGCAAGCGUUGAAAGACGGUAACGCCGUGAGCGUUGCGGAUGCUGGGGACAGGAAGGACGAUAUGUUGAAAAGAUGUCUUGUGACGCCCAACGGGUGGGUGCUGAGACAUCUGAGUGCCGACGAAAGCGAGAAAGUACUUGAGCUGGAAGAACGGCGCCAGAUGUACGUUGAAGAGUUUGGCGACGUCGGUACUAUGUCCGGGCUCGGUGUGCUGGAAAUGGAUGACUUUACCAAUCUUGGUGGCGGCAUGGAGAAGCUUGCCAGACACGGUGAACGUCACGGAGUGGUCUGGAUUGUGGGAGAGGAUGGGCAAAUGGACGAUGAUGACGAUGAGUUCGAGCCAUUUGACCAUGAAGACGGUGGAGUCGACGGUGCAAUUGGCGUCGCUGACGAAGACGUCGACGAGGACGGGUUUGAGGAGGAUCCCGACGAAGGCGUCUACGAGACAGACGAGCACCUAGAAAUGCCCGGUGCGUGGGAGCAUCCCCCCCGCAACGCCCGUCCUCCCUCGAGGGUCGCCUCGGGUGGUCGCAUCAAUUCGCUGCCAGGUCUGGGACCGCAUUCUAGGACGAAUGCUCUCCGUCUACCACCUCGGGGUCCCAUCGCUCCUGACCGCCCUUCGCAGCCCCUCGACCCUGAAGCCACUGCUCCGGCGCCUGCCACCACAGGGCCAACGACUACAACGUCAGGCGCCACCCACGACAACACCAACCUUCGCCUGCUUGAGAAUGACGCCUUGCAGAAGCGUGUUCAAGAGUCACAAAAAGCCCUCGAAGCCGCCCGCAAGGAGAUGGAGAAGCUUGAGAAAAUGGCAAACAAGAAAGUCAAGGAUAUCAAUCGCUGGCGAGAAGGGAUCGUUGGCGCGCUGGCGAGCGCUGGCGUCAAGGGCUAG